AUGUCGCAAGAGGGUGAAGCAACGGACACUUCCGUACCUGAAUUAAUUCAACGCCCUAAACGAAGUAGAAUUAGAGCUGGUUACCGUGCGCACACUAGUAAACUCUUAAACGAUGCCAGGGACGAAAUAUAUAGCGAAAGUUCUUCAAUUUUGGUUCUUCAAAAACUAUCAGUUUUCUUAAAGGAAAAAUCGAACAUUCUUAGGAAAAUUGACGAAGAGGUGUUUCUUGAAACGAAGGACGAUGAUAUCGAAAACGAAGUGAUUCAAUGCGAAGAAAUUCAAUCUGAUAUCUCCGGUUUAUUAGUAGAAAUUGAAGAUAAACUGUCAGGUCUGAAACUUGAAAAUGGAAGCCAAUCAAAUUCGGAAAUAUCUCGGCCAAACAUAUCUACUUCUACCAACUCUUCGUAUGUUGAUUCUGCAGCGAAAUUACCAAAACUAGAGCUUCCUAAAUUUUAUGGAGAUCCGAAGAAAUGGAUUGAAUGGUGGGACUCUUUAGAAAUUGUCCAUAAAAGUGAUGCUCUCUCACCGGCUAACAAAUUCAGACAUUUAAAGUUGUUGUUAGAUGGUCUCGCUGCAAAAUCUAUAUCAGGCAUUCAAGUUACUGGCUCAAAUUAUGGUGAAGCUAUUGAAAUUCUGCAAAAUCGUUUUGCGAACUGA